CAGAUCAAGUCCAGAUCACCCGAAACGAUACAGCUCCGAUCCGUCCAUGGCGCUGCUCAAUCUGCCAACAAAGCACUACUAUGCUACUUCUCUUCCUACUAUGCGGCAGCCUUGAAUGGCCGGUUUGCUGAAGCUCGUCAGGACAUUUUCUCUGUCAACCUCUCCGGCAAGCAGCUCCAAGUGUUCAUCAACUGGUUACAUACCGGUAAACUCGAGCUGCACAGUUGGGAUCGAGAGGAUCGUGUAAAGAUCUACAUCUUUGCCGACUUGGUGGACAUCCUAGCUCUUCGUCGCGAAAUCAUGACCGAGAAGGGAAGAAUGGAACGAUACCGCGAAGUGGGCCUAGUCAUUUCUCAUCUACCACGCAAUUCUCCAUAUCGCAGGCGCGUGGUUGAUUACUACGCAAACCACUGGAAGCCCGAGGACGAUAUGUAUGACCCUAUCAGUUCUCUGGAGAUCACGACCCACCGCGAGUUCUAUCGUGAGGUUGUGCAAAGUGAAGUUCUGGCAAAUAUUAGUGGGCGCACCGGUUGUUCUUGCUGUACCAACGUGUGCAACUUCCACGAGCAUGAAAGUGAGGAAGAAUGGAAUGCGACUUGUGGGCAGUUGCCAAAAUUACGGAUGCCCGAGAAGCAGUACUUCACCAAGCGUGCUUCU